GCAUUACAUUUGUCGAAAUGAAAGUUAAAACGGCGAUCCAAAUACUGUAACGUAGAACAAGUGUGACACGCUGAGGGUACGCAUGCGGACCUGACGUAAUAUUCCUCAGCGACUGUAAACAGGAAGUAGCGGUCGCUAGCUAGCAGGGUAGCUGGAGGCUGGACACUGGUGCCAGGUGUGAGUGUUGCUAGUGAGCAUACAUACCAAGCCAGCUCAGAAAUACAUCAGCAGCGUUAUUAUUGCUAUGUCCUCUCCAGAUGUGAAAAGUUUGGUCCGGCGGUUUUACGUACUUCAGGCCGAGCGUGUGGAGGCGUACAAGCUUUUUGAGGAGGGGCAUGAGGCGUAUCUGAGGACAGGACCCCAUUAUGACUUCGGGCAUUACAGACAGCUGGUUCAUGAGAUAACGAAGGCGUUCUGUGCUAUCUCCAACGAAAUACUGGAGGUUAAAGAACGCUUGCACCGAGACUUCGAUCGCCCAGAUCUGUCCGAGCACAUCGAGAAGCUCCAACGCAGAGAAAAGCAAAAACUAGAGCUGACAGCUAAAUUGCAGCUGGCAAAGCAGAGUGUUCAGGAUCACCCAGAUGAUGAGGGCUGUCAUGAGAAGGUCCGGGAGAUCAAACAGGAUAUUAUAAAGAACAAGGAGGCCCUGAGCGAGAUCCUGCAGGACUUCAAGUAUGACUCAGAGGAGCCGGAGUGAAAGGCAGAUGGCCCUGCCCAGAGACGGAUGGUCGGAGGUCUUGCCCGUGCCCGUUACCGUUUCCGUAAGGAGGAGCGGAAGCCACUGAUUGUUGCCUGUGGGCGGUGCUUGAUGUACCAUGUACAUUUGCUUACGUCUCACGCUUUGCGUCGGAGGCGAGACCCUGUAGAGUGUAGCUUAGAAACCGCGUUUGGAAAUCUUUUUACUUUUCUGUUUGAUGAUCUUCUCAAUCAUUUUUAAGAUCCACAAAGACAGCUCGCUUGAAAAUCAUGACCAGCUCAGCUUGUGGUAGUAAAAGAUAUGGCAGAAUAUAUCUUAAAUAUGUUGAGAUUUUAUACAAAAAUAAAAUGGAGAAACAUCA